AUGUUAAACUUACAGUGUGUACGGCUACCGGAUACUGUCGUUACGCGGGGUCAGGAGUUCUCUUUUACAGCCAUCUUGGAUAUAACGACCCAAGUUGCAACCAUGCCUGGCGAAGCCACAGAAACGGUCCCAAUUGAGCAGCCGCAGGCAGAGACUGCCGCUCCUGCCCCAGCAGCCUCUCAGCCACAGGCAACUGCUGGUGCUGCUAAACCCAAGGGCAAAGAUGUUAAAGGUGCCUCUGCACCAAAGUCUGUACCAGGCAGAAGGAAACGCUCCUCUAUGUCUGCCUCUUCUGCCUCUCCAACUUCACCUAAAUCUACUUCUUCUACACCUCUCUCACCUGCUCUUUCUCCCCUUGCCACAUCUCCUGGCAGUGGCUCUGCUCCUCAUGGCUCUGCUCCAAAAGUAAUCAAGGCUGGAAAACAAGUCAAAGCUAAAAAGGAGUUUGUGCCUGCCCCACUUGUUGGAUCACCGGUGGAGUCUUGUCCUAAACAAUCUGCUGUAGAGCCUAAACCUGUGUUUGAGAAGAUCUCUUCUCCAACAUUGAAAAAUGUCCUGCCCCCACCUGCCUUCAAGGUGACCUCCAAGCCUGCAGUGGCGGCACCUAUUUCAUUUGCCAAUACGCUGGCAACUAGUCCUCCCAAAGCUGAGGUGAAGGCACCAGCUAAAGCUGUUGAUGAUGAUCUACCUCCACUCAUUCCCCCAAUGAUGCCACUGAAAACCCCUGUAUUGCCUUCAGCCAUAGAAUCCCCAAAAUGUGCCGCAUCUUCACCCAAGUCUGCCGUCGAACCUGCAAAGCCUUUGCCAGUGGAGCCGGUUCAGCCCAAGUCCAUCCCCACUGAGGCCUCUAAAAAGGCACCAAUUAUUGGAUCUGAGGUCAAAGUCACUCCAGCCAAGCCUAUACCUGUUAACAAGACCACACCGCUGAAGGGGGAUGCUGUCCAAGCUUCCUCCCCUCAGCUUGUAACUUCUCCAACUCUAGUCUCUGCACCUGCUCCUAAACCAGUUGCCCCUGCACCUGUCAUCAAACCAGCUCUAGAACUGGCUCCAGCUCCUGUCUCUGCUCCAGUACCAGCUCCUGUGUCUGCCCCGGCCCCCUCUGCUCCAGUACCAGCUCCUGUGUCUGCCCCUGCCCCCACUGUUCCAGUACCGGCCCCCUCCGCCCCGGCUCCUGUAGCUAAACCAGCUCCUGUCUCUGCCCCGCUCCCCACUGCUCCAGUACCGGCUCCUGUCUCUGCCCCAGCCCCCACUACCCCUGUAGCUACCCCAGCUCCUGUCUCUGCCCCAGCCCCCACUACCCCUGUAGCUACCCCAGCUCCUGUCUCUGCCCCAGCCCCCACUACCCCUUUAGCUACCCCAGCUCCUGUCUCUGCCCCAGCCCCCACUACCCCUGUAGCUAAACCAGCUCCUGUGUCUGCCCCGGCUCCCACUACCCCUGUAGCUAAACCAGAUCCUGUCUCUGCCCCGGCUCCCGCUGCUCCUGUACCUGCUCCUAAAUUGGUGGCUGCACCGGCACAGUCUGCUCCUGUGACUAAACCCACUCCUGCCCCUGAACCAGCCCCUGCUCCUAAAGUUACUGCUCCUGUCCCUGUUGUCUCAGCUGACAAACCUGCUGAAGCACCUGAGCAGCCUACUGCUGCGCUCAAAGCAGAACCUAAAGCUGCUGAUGAGCCGAAGCCAAUCCCAGUCAAAGCUGUGAAGUCUCCUUUCGAGGCUGACAAGGCGGCCGCAGCUCCUCGCAAACUGACUUUUGCUGAAGCUGUUGCUAAACCUGCCCCAGUCAAGCCUGAGGUAGUCCCAACUCCCGAGCCCCUGUCUUCACCCAAACCUGCUGCGGGUAAAGCUAACGCCAAGGUGGAGCCGGUGAUCAAGAAUGACCAGGGAUCAGGCACAGAGUCUGACAGCGAUGACUCUGUUCCUGAGCUGGAGGAGCAGGACUCGGCGCAGGCACAGACGCAGCAGGCUCAGCUUGCUGCAGCAGCUGAAAUAGAUGAGGAGCCAGUCAGCAAAGCCAAACAGAGUCGCAGUGAAAAGAAGGCACGAAAGGCAAUGUCAAAGCUUGGUCUCAGACAGGUUACAGGAGUGACCAGAGUAACUAUUCGCAAGUCAAAGAACAUCUUGUUUGUCAUCACUAAACCAGACGUCUACAAGAGUCCUGCAUCAGACACAUACAUAGUCUUCGGUGAAGCUAAGAUUGAAGAUCUUUCUCAGCAAGCCCAACUGGCUGCUGCAGAGAAAUUCAAGGUACAGGGAGAAGCCGUAUCGAAUAUCCAGGAAAACACACAGACGCCCACAGUACAGGAAGAGAGUGAGGAAGAGGAGGUUGACGAAACUGGCGUUGAAGUCAAAGACAUUGAACUCGUCAUGUCACAAGCAAACGUGUCGCGGGCGAAGGCUGUACGCGCUCUCAAGAACAACAAUAAUGACAUUGUCAAUGCUAUCAUGGAGUUGACAAUGUAA